AUGCGCCCGUCUUCUCAUGAUGCCGAGUUCACUCUCACAACUCAGCUGACCCAAGGACUGGAAGACUGCAGCUGGGAAGAGCUGCAGGAAAAGUACAUGGAAGCCAUGGAUGAACACAGCCGGGUUGAAGACAAUUUACGUGUCGAGACGGCGAAGUUGCUCGAGGUGUUCACAAUCUGGUCUCAAACUACCAUACUGCAAGACGAGAAACGUGCCCUCAAGCGGUUCAAAACGCAGAUGCAACACGUUCAAAACUCUGAAGUGAACCUCGAGAGCAAGAAGAAGCACUACACGGACGUUGUCAGGGCAUUCCAGAGCGCCUUGGCCUUGCUCAACGAGCAGAUGAGGUACUAA